UAUAGCUCAGUUUGGGUUUUCAGGGUUUAACACCAUAUCCCAUUCACAACACAUUUUAUAGGGUUUAAGAAAGACUUCAUCUUUCUCAAUGUAUUGAGUGUGAUACCUCCAAUUAUGUCCUCCCCCAAAUUCCUCUCGAUCCCCACAACUCUCACCUUAACUAUCAACUUAUCCUCAUCCCUAAACCCACCCAGAACCCCAUCCUUCUUCCCAAACCCCCCAAACCCCACAUUAACUCUCAGACUCCACCUUACCCAAAACCCCAAGAACCCAUUUUUCCACACCCCCUCCAAAACCCAUCUCCACCUUCACCAUCCCCUGCUCGCCGCACCACCCAGCUGCCCUGCGUCCUCGCCGGACCACCAAUCGGAGCAAGUCUUGGCUGCCCAAGAAGCUAUCUUGGAGUUUCUUCAAGAACUUGGGGUUUCUGAGGAGGAAGCAAUCUUUGUUUCGUUGAAUUCGCCGAGAUAUAUGCGGGUGUUGGUGGAUGGGGUCCAGGAGUUGGAUGAGCUUGGGGUGUGGAGAGAGCAGUUGGUUGGGUUUAAAGAGAAGGUGAAGUAUUUGGCUAAGGAGAAAGGUGACAAUGGCAAGGUUGCGUUUUUGGAGAGUGCGGUUGGGUUGGGUCUAUCUUCGGCUAUGAAUAUUGCAAGGCAUUCGUCGGCAGAGACACUACUUGGGCUCAUUGACAAGGUUAAGUAUGUGAAGGAAAUAUUCUUUUCUGGCAGUAAUGAUGGGGGGCUCAUUGGAAAAAAUGCUCGUCGUAUGAUGAUGCACCUAUCAAUUCCUAUUGAUGAAGACCUGCAACUAACCUUAUCCUUCUUUGAAAAGAUUGCGGCUAGGCGUGGAGGUCUGGACAUGUUGGGUUCGGAAGAUGCUACUUUUCGUUAUUUGAUUGAAUCAUUUCCACGUCUUCUAUUGUUGUCCUUGGAGCGUCACAUGACCCCUGUGGUUGAAUAUCUUGAAAAUAUGGGAGUCCGCAGAGAAAGCAUGAGAACCAUAUUUUUGUUAUUUCCACCGGUUAUAUUUUGCAACAUUAAAGUCAUUACAGCGAGAGUGCAUGCUUUUAAAGAGUUUGGUCUGGAGGAUAAAGAUGUUGGCAGAAUGUUGAUUAAAUAUCCAUGGAUUCUAUCUACAAGCAUUCACGAGAACUUCAAAGAGGUUCUUUCUUUCUUUGAUUUAGAAAAGGUCCCAAAAGCAAGUGUUGGGUGUGCAAUCAGAAGCUGGCCUCAUAUCUUGGGUUGUUCGACUAGUACUCUAAAAGUGAUGGUUGAACAGAUUGAUGAAUUGGGUAUUGCAAACAAGAAGUUGGGUCAGGUGAUCUCUAGAAGUCCUCAGCUACUAUUACGGAAACCUAAAGAAUUUCUUCAGGUAGUUUCAUUCAUGGAAGGUCUAGGAUUUGAUAAAGAAACUGUUGGGACCAUACUUGGUCGCUGUCCUGAAAUAUUUGCUGCCAGCAUUGAGAGAACACUUAAGAGAAAGCUGGAUUUCCUUGCAAGUAUUGGUGUUUCAAAAGUUCACCUUCCUCGGGUUAUCAAAAAGUACCCGGAGCUUCUUGUGUCUGACACUGACAGAACUUUGCUUCCUCGGGUGAAGUACCUGAUGAAGAAAGGGCUGUCACGGAGGGAUAUUGCAUUCAUGGUCCGCAGAUUUUCUCCUUUACUUGGGUACAGCAUCGAAGAGGUUUUGCGACCAAAGCUUGAGUUCCUCUUAAACACCAUGGAGAAGCCGAUAACAGAAGUGGUGGACUAUCCGAGAUACUUCAGUUAUUCAUUAGAAAAGAAGAUAAAACCAAGGUACUUGGUGCUAAAGGGAAAAAAUAUCGAGUGUAGCUUAAAGGAUAUGUUGGCUAAAAACGAUGAAGAAUUUGCUGUUGAGUUUAUGAGUGGUGAAAAUAUGCUCGUCACAUCUCCGCCUACACAGCAAUGAAGUGAAGGGAGAGUUGCUCCUAGAUUUAGAUUGUAAAUAAUAAACCUCAGAUUUAGUCAGAGUUCUGUUUCACUUUUGUUGUAAUGCUCAAUGUAUAGCUGUAAUAUUUCAGUGAUAUUUUUUCUUUCUAUACGAAAAGUAAAAUUACAAACUGGAAAUUUCAUUGAUCUU